GCGUGGCUGCGGUUGCUAAAAGGUAGCAGCAGCGUUCCAGUCGCUGGGCUGCAGGUAUCACGGGCAGAACGGCUGCUCCCGGCGCACGGAAGGGACUACUGGCCUGACCGUGGGACUCGAGGCGAGGGUGAGGAGGCCGAGGCGGGACAGUGAAGUGCCGAGAGGGAAAGUCCCUGCGCGAAACGAGCGCGCCCAGAAAAGGCGCCCCUCCCUCCACUGCCGUGUCGCGGAGUGUGGGAGGAAGACUUCACCACCAGGAAUUGUGGCUUCAUCGUCCUUCCCGCCAAGAAGGGAAGUCAUCGUUCCUGCCCCGAGACUGCCGCGGCGCUGCUGGGCGAGGCCGCGCCUGCUGUGGCGUCUCUCGCUUCUGACUUGGAAGCUUACCUACAUAAUAAAAGAAAUUUCGAGCCAAAUAUUGGAAGAGAUGUCAGAAGAUUCAGAAAAGGAAGACUAUUCAGACAGAACAAUCAGUGAAGAUGAAUCAGAUGAGGAUACCUUUAUGAAGUUUGUGAAUGAAGACAUCCAUCAGUGUGCACUUUUAACAGAUUGGACCCCUUCUAAUCCUGAGCGAAUGUACAUCCCAACAGGCCUGGAGAUAGAACCCCUUUAUCCAAGCUCCAAGGAAGAUCCUGUGGUUUACCUAGCUGAAGAUGCCUAAAAAGAGCCUUGUUUUGUGUAUUCCCAAGUUGGGGGCAACCGAACACCCUUGAAGCAGCCUGUGAAUAACUGUGAUGAUACUUUGAUGUUUGAAGCAAGGUUUGAGAGUGGUAAUCUACAGAAGGUAGUAAAAUUGGCAGAGUAUGAAUACUAGCUGACUGUGCACCCUGACCUGUUCACAAAUAAACACACCCAGUGGUACUAUUUCCAAGUCACUAAUACCCAAGCAGGAAUAGUCUACAGAUCCACUAUUAUCCAUUUCACCAAGCCUGCUAGUCUUUAUAAUCGGGGUAUGCACCCACUGUUUUAUUCUGAAAACGAGGCCAACGCUCAUAAUAUUGGCUGGCAGAGAAUAGGAGACCAAAUGAAGUAUUAUAGAAGCAACCAGGGGCAAGACGGGUGCCAUUAUUUUCUUACAUGGACAUUUCAAUUUCCACACAAUAAAGAUACUUGCUACUUUGCUCACUGCUAUCCAUACACUUACACAAGCCUGCAAGAAUACCUUUCUAGCAUCAGUAAUGACCCAGUACAAAUUUGUAAAAUACGUGUCUUGUGCCACACAAUUACUAGGAACAUGGUGUAUGUUUUAACAAUUACUACCCCCUUGAAGAACAGUGAGUUAAGAAAGCGAAAGGCCGUGAUUUUGACUGCAAGGGUACAUCCAGGAGAAACCAACAGCUCUUGGAUCAUGAAGGGCUUCCUAGAUUAUAUUUUAGGAGACUCAAAUGAUGCACAGUUGCUCCAGGACACUUCCAUCUUCAAGGUGGUACUCAUGCUGAAUCCAGAUGGUGUGAUUGUGGGAAAUUAUCGGUGUUCCUUAGCUGGAUGGGAUUUAAACCGUAACUAUACAUCUCUCCUGAAGGAAUCAUUUCCUUCUGUUUGGUAUACCCGGAACAUGAUCCGUAGAUUGAUGGAGAAACGAGAGGUUAUUUUGUAUUGUGACCUCCAUGGCCAUAGUAAGAAAGAGAACAUCUUCAGGUAUGGCUGUGAUGAUAGUGACAGAUGUAAAGCAUUAUACUUACAGCAACGAAUCUUUCCACUUAGGCUGAGCAAAAAUUGUCCAGAUAACUUUUCAUUCUCAGCUUGCAAGUUUAAUAUUCAGAAGAGCAAAGAGGGAAUAGGAAGGGUGGUAAUGUGGAAAAUGGGAAUCAGGAACAGCUUUACCAUGGAGGCCACUUUUUGUGGAUCUACUCUGGGUAAUAAAAGAGGCACUCAUUUCAACACAAAAGACUUGGAGUCGAUGGGGUAUCAUUUUUGAGAUCUCUUGGACUACUGUGAUCCAGACCGAACCAAGUAUUAUCAGUGCCUGAAAGAAUUAGAAGAAAUGGAAAAACAUAUAAACUUGGAAGAAGUCUUUGAUGAUUCAGAUACUUCUCUGAAAGAAAUUACAUUGGAUCUAGAGUCUAGUAGCCAUGGCUCUGACAGUUCAGAAUCCAAUGACUCUCAGACUGAUCUUCUCAAGUUAAGUUCUCAGAUAAAAAACAAGAAAAAACAUCUGAAAACAAAGAAGGAAAGAAACUCUACCAUAGCAAGCCAUCAGAGAAGAGCAAGAGAUGCCAGCCAGAGGGCUAGCUUCCCAGGAAGGGCAGGGCUUGCGUAUUUCUUAUCCUGUCUCCAGCUGCCUGUUGUUGAAGCGAAGUUCCAGAUACAAGGCCAGAUAUAUCAGAUGACUGUACAUCUGAUUAUUUCAGAAGACAGUUCCCUAAUCAAGGUUUGUGAAUAAGAUGGGAAUAUAGACAGUAAUGAGUGGUCACCUAUCAUCUGAAUGUAAGCU